ACCAUCGCGCCACUCGGCCGGCCCAAAUAAAAAUAUUUUUAAGUCUCAGGGUCCAAAUAUAUUUUUGUCUGCCCGCCAUUUAUUUAUAAGCUCUGUGAAAGCAGGAACUGAAUUUUAUUCACUUUUAUGUCCUCAAGUCUUAACAGAGCUUUAGUAAAUGUUGACUGAAUGAAUCACUCAACGCCUCUGGCCAGUUAUUGAGCAGGCCCAGUCGAUGUUUGAAGAUAACUGCAGUGGCUGUUUAAGAAACAAAGACUGAUUUGGACUAAAGGUUCAAAGUCAGUCUGAGCAGCCAGGAAAACAAGGUGCUGGACCACCACAAAUUAGAUCAGGUCCAAAGCUGUGUACCUCAAGGAUCUUCUCAGGCCAAAACCACAGAGCCAAUGAAUGGCAGCUCAACAGUAGAUAAGGCAACAGAGUUUUUACCAGAAAACUUCAGGCCAUAUAGGUUAACCUUGAACCUUAUCUAUUUUGUUAAUGACAUAUCUUACCAGAGCAAGGAAGACAGUUUUAAACUGCUUAACUGUAAAACAAAUUAGUGUAACACUAUUUUAUACCCUAAAAUAUAAAAAGAAUAUUCUUUGGGUUAUAUACAUAUAUGUUAAAUAAGAAAAAUAAAACUGAAUCACUUUAAAAAUCAGUCCUGACUAAAUAGUAUUGUUAUAGUUAAUACUGAAGUUAAAAUGCAAACAGGAAUGAAUUCUACAAUAAUAAGGUAGUAUGUCUCCCUGUUUAUUUCCAACUUAGUCACUUGUUACAGUUAAACUCUCCUGCUGUUUUAAAUUUAGAGAUUCCAUUUCUAUUCUAAGACUCCCCAUUUCAGUACUCUGAAGAUGUUAACAAUUACCAUUAAAUGUUUCAAUCUUAUAUAAACAAGUAGAUAAGAAAGUGGACUCUAGAGUCAGACUGCUGAGGUUCUAAUCCCAGCUCCCCAAUUAUUAUCUUGUGACCUUGGGCAAGAGUCUUAGCCUCUCUCUCCAUUGAUUUUCUCAUCUGUAAAAAUAGUCAUAAUGAUACUAUGGCUAUUUAUGAUGGUUGCUGCCGUAUGAGUUAAUGUUUGUAAAACUCUUACAACUGUAUCUAGCACAUUGUAAGUGCUAUAUAACAUCAGUAGGGAAGUAGAAAAAAACUAAACAAAACUUUACAUGCUCUUUUCACUAACACAGAAAAAAAUGAAUAAAAAUGCUGGCUCUGUGCCCUACUUGGAACCUCCCACUGGAACUAGAACCCUAUAGUCCCAGUUCCAAAAGUGUGGUGUGCCCAUUCAUUCAAUAAUUUAAAGACCUACUGUGUGCUGAACUGACUAUGAAUCAGACACAUCCUCUGUCCUCAAAGGGCUUACAGUAAGGUUAGAGAUCAGAAUUCUAAUCCACUUUUUUACAGAUGAGAAAACUGAGGUUACAGAGAAGUUGUGCCUUGCUCAAGGUUACACAGCUAAAUAGCAUCAGAGGUGAGACCAGAAGCUUUGUCUUCCCACGACUCUUAGUUCAGAACUUUUUCCAAUGGGCCACCAAUCUUUGUGGGCCGCAUCUCAGCUUCUAUUUGGGAUUCUACCUAGUUUUCAUGACCUUCCCUUAUUUGCAAACCUCCCUCCCCCGCCCCGCCAAAACCUGUAAACUAGAGUUUAAACAGUAAGCCCUGAAAAGAGUCACACACUGAGCGUUUUUUAACCUUCCCCUGUAAGAAAAGGAAACGUUACACUUUACAUCCUGCAUUAACUCAUCCUGUGCCAGAAAGGUUGAGGUCGUUAAAAAAAUGGGAGGGGGGCAGAGUGGUCUCACUAAGGAUGCAAAGGGUGGAGUGCCCGCCCCCUGGUGCAGCAGCAGCAGCAAGGAAGGCAGAUGGGGAGCCACCUGUCAGAGGGCUGUGGGCGGGGGCCUGGGCCACGACGGCCGCGAGACCCGAGGGUGUGUGCUGCUGAGCGCACGCUCAGAGCAGACAGCUAGCAGGAGACAGGAGGUGAUCGUCUAAGACCCUGGAAGCUGAUGGCAAGAGGGAGGGAAAGGUAGUCACCAAGGCGAGGCAGAACUACGGGAGGUGGAGGAUCCUGGAGGUGACAGCAAGGAGAGUACGCAACCGCGAGGGGCGGCUGAAGCGGGCCGGGCAGCUUCUGCGUGGACUCCAGCGAGUGAGCCAUUGAGAGGGAGGUCAGAGCGGCGGCGCUGCGGGCAGGCCCUGCCGGGGCGGGGGGUGCCAUGUCUCGCGAGCGGCCCCCCCGCACCAACAUCCCCCGCAACCUGAGCUUCAUCGCCGCGCUGACUGAGCGCGCCUACUACCGCAGUCAGCGGCCCAGCCUCGAGGAGGAGCCGGAGGAGGAGCCAGGCGAGGGCGGAACGCGCCUCGGGGCCAGAUCCCGCGCUCACGUUCCGAGUCGGGGCCGCCGGGCUCGCUCCGCGCCGGCCGGAGGCGGCGGUGCCCGGGCGCCCCGCAGCCGCAGCCCCAAUACCCGCAAGAGAGUGCGUUUCGCCGACGCGUUGGGGCUGGAGCUGACCGCCGUGCGCCGCUUCCGCCCUGGAGAGUUGCCCCGGGUGCCCCGCCACGUGCAGGUCCAGCUGCAGAGGGACGCCCUCCGCCACUUCACGCCGUGCCAGCCCCGCGCCCGCGGCCUCCAGGAGGCGCGCGCCGCCCUGGAGCCGGCCAGCGAGCCCGGCUUCUCCGCCCGCUUGCAGGCGCAGCGUAUCUGCCUGGAACGCGCCGAGGCGGGCCCGCUGGGCGUGGCCGGGAGCGCGCGCGUGCUGGACCUGGCCUACGAGAAGCGCGUGAGCGUGCGCUGGAGCGCCGACGGCUGGCGGAGCCAACGCGAGGCGCCCGCCGCCUACGCCGGCCCGGCUCCGCCCCCUCCGCGCGCGGACCGCUUCGCCUUUCGCCUGCCCGCGCCGCCCAUUGGGGGCGCCCUGCUUUUCGCUUUGCGCUACCGUGUGACAGGCCACGAGUUCUGGGACAACAACAGCGGCCGUGACUAUGCUCUACGUGGGCCUGAGCACCCGGGCAGUGGCGGAACCCCGGAGCCUCAGGGCUGGAUUCACUUUAUCUGAGACGCCUGCGGCCGACGGCGAAAAAACCAAAGGCACCUGGGGGCUAGGGGUGCCCGAAGAUUUGGCGGGGAGCUGUCCGAAAGAGUCAAGUGGGGGAGAAGUCAAAAGGGUUUGGGGAGUGGGUGGAAUCAGCGAAAGUCGGGGAGAUGGGUGGAAAACAACGAGUAGGUGUGAGUAGAAGGAACCCAAGGUACAGUAGAAAGGAGACUGGAAAGGGCGCUAGAAGAAUUCGAAAAAAGCAAACAACAGGGAUGAUGGUGGCGUUCUCUUCAGUCAUUGGGCACUGGGAGAAAGUGUUCUGCAGGCCUAGGCAGUGGAAGGUUAAGGUACCUCUUUGGGACUGAGGAGGUAUUUAGUGUGAAGUAGCAGCCCACCCCAGUUAAAGUCAUUUAGAUUGCUGGCUCA